GCGGCGCGGGGCGGGCAUUAUCCGAAGAGUGAAGUCAAGCUCAGUAGCGAGCCAGUCCGCGCGACAGACGCUCGUCCGUCAGACGAUAUCCCCUCUCUAAAAUUACGCGACGAAAAAAUCAACAAAUAUUCUUGUGAUGACAGUGUUUUUCUUACUUAAAUGUGAUGUGAUAAAUACUUUUCCCGAACUUUGUGAGGAUGUUUGUCUUAGCAGUUCUCAGCCUUCUUAUACAAGAAUCGUUACUGCUUCGUAUGGUGCGCGUGUCGGUGCCGGCGUACCGCGUGCGCGGUCAGCCGGCGCAGCUGGAGUGCGACUACGACCUGGGCGACGACGCGCUCUACUCCGUCAAGUGGUACCGCGACAACGAGGAGUUCUACCGAUACAUGCCCAAGUUCGACCCGCCGAAGCACGCCUAUAAGAUAGAGGGGAUCAAAGUAGACGUAGCCAAGUCAGAUGACCGCAAAGUGAUCCUGCACCAAGUGAUGCUGAAGACGUCGGGGCUGUACCGGUGCGAGGUGUCUGCAGAAGCGCCAAGCUUCUCCUCAGCGGCUGGAGAAGGAAAACUAGAGGUUAUUUAUUUACCUAGAGAGGGUCCCAAAAUAACUGGAAAUGAACAGGAGAACAGAAGAGGGCAUUCAAUAUUUCUAAACUGCACGUCGGGGAGGUCAUACCCUGCAGCCGUGCUCAGUUGGGACAUUGAUGGAGAAAAAGUAACAGAGCCGGAGCUCCUAGUGGAGUACCCGCCGACGCUACACGCGCACGGGCUGAUGUCGUCAGCGCUGGGCCUGCGGGUGCCGUUGGGGAGGACUAUGCAGGUGCGGUGCACGGCGCGGGUCGCGCCCGCCUGGAGAGAAGGCAGCGAAGCUGUUGUUGGGAACAGCCAGCUGGCAGACAGUAAGGAGGCUAUGUUGCUGGUAAAAAGCUCAAGCUACGUGUCAUCACCGAGCGUAAUCCUGUUAACACUAGCCCUGGGCCUGCUCAUCGUGCCCACGCAAUCCGGCACGUGAUAAAUUAUCUCCGGUCUUAUAUUAACAAACGUGAUUUAGGCGUAACACUCCGAGAUUACUCCCAGAAUAGACUGAGAGCCUCAAUGGAAGAAAACUACGACGUCAUGUGU